UGGGAAAGUGUCUGUGGUUUGUCCCUCACUUAAAUGGGCUGAGAUUAUUCUCCACAGACAGGACAUUUGUUUCGCCUGGACUCAGUACAUUCUUGCAGUAAUAGCUAUGUUUCUGCAUUUCUCCAACUGCGCACCAUUCGUGAAAAGCAACAUUGUUGCCGGAGACAAGGCUGGCGUUAGAGGCUGUGUUGUGACAGUCACCGUGUGGCUGUUCUCCUCCGGAAUGUGUGUCUUUUCUCCGUGCUCACCCUGGCUCACCUCACUGAGAACAUGGUCGUGAUGGGGCUGCCGUGGUUGCUGACACUGGAGCUUGUGCUGCACGCAGGCUGCUUCAUCUGUGGUAUCAUUGCUGCCGCCUCGCUCACCUUCACGCAGGGUCACUUUGCUGGACAGUGCAUCCUCUAUGGCAGUGUCCACUACAACACAUCUAGCAAUUCCCUGAUACUAGAAAACUCCAGUUCUACCUCGCUCUGCUACUUUGUCUCAGCUAUCUCAGUGUGCAUGGCUAUUUACUGCAUCUCCCUGAUUCUCUACUGGAUCUACUCAAGCUGCGUGGAGGACGAAGUGAAAAGGGGAAGUGUGCUGCUGAAUGUGUCUCUGGGGGUUUGUGGACUCCUGUUGUUUUUCCUCUUGGUGUCAGGCUGUGUUCUGAGAAUCGGGAGAGACAGCCUGUGUCUCUCUGUCCUCCACAAUGUUCCAUCCAUUAGCAAUUGUGAGGAAGCACAGAAUAAGACGUGGGCCAGUCCCAACACAGGAAACCAGUUUUACACAGGACUGUACAGUGCCGAGAGGUCUGUGUGGGUGAGCUUCUUCUUCUGGGUGCUAAUCUUGGCAGUGGUGGUGGUGCAGAGACGGCAGGCUGCAGGUGAGGAUGCUGAAUGGAGUCGUGCGGAGACUGAACCAUUCUUCCAUCGCCCGUCCCGCACCCUCUGAAACCCCCAUCCCCCCACCCCCACAGCGCCACACUGUAUCACCUGCCACAUAUCAUCAGACUGACAAGACGUCUGUUGGAUGCUGUGAUCAGUCACUCCACGUUCAUCUGAAGAUAAAAUGAGGAUUUUCUGGGAAGCUGUUAGCUAUAAAGCUAUAAUAAGUGGUGAUUCCACUGUGUGAUCAAUAACUUUCCCAACUGCAAACAGUAUUUGUAGAAAGACAUGUUUUAUGGCCACAACACAGACAUGCCCAAACGCAGCACGAUGGCCAUGUCAGAUUGAUCUUACACUGAAAAUAUGAAAUAUGAGCUAAAAUUACUCACAAAAACAAAUAUGUUAUAAGAAAAUAAACAUCUUACUAAGAAAUACUUCUUCAGAAUUCAUGUAAGUAAAAUGUACAUAUUUCCUCAUUACUAUUUAACCUCUUUUAAGCACACAGGGCACUGUAUGAUCUUUACCAAGGUGGUUUGGUUUACAAAGACUGAAGAUCAAGCCCCUAUUGUGAAGUAUAAUGGUGGAUCAGUGAUGUUGUUGAGCUGUUAAACUUCCAAAUGCCCAGUGAAAAGUCAGAACCUGACUACCCCUGCCAGGAAGCAAAGAAUGGGUCAUGGCUGGACAAUGAGCAAAAGCAUAUUUUCAGAUUCACACCAAACUGUUUCCCUAGCCAAAGAAACCAGCUUUUUCUGCACUUUGAAAAGAAAGUCUACAAGUGAGAACCAAAAACUGAAAAUCUAGAUACAUGUUGUGGUGUUAUGCAUUCUCCAAUAUCAAACAGCAUUAUUAGUAAAGACGCAGUGUUGUUAUCCUGACCAAGGGUGAGUAUACAAAGUAAAUGUAUUGGUGCCAAUAAUUCUAACCUUGUUUUAGUGGGAAAAAAAAUGUUAACAUAUGAAAAACAUCUUUUCUUUUAAAAUAAUGUUAUUAACUAAAAGAUUGGAUUGCUCCUGUUUCCAGAGUAAGAUCAAACUGCAAACACUUUACCAAGGGUGUUAAUAAUUCUGUAGAGCUGUACAUGCUCAAGAUCUGUAGUUCCCAAGAGGAAAGUAAUAUAAUUAUAGUUGAGCCCCUCCAACAAAAACAUUUAAAAAUUAUACCCUACUUUUGGGAUUAUCUGUUAUGUUUUCUGUUUAUGCUUUAUUUACUUAUAUUUAUUUUUUUAAUGCCCCCCUUUUUUAAAUUAAGGGCAUUGUACAACUCUACAUGAUUUUUACAGAAAAUGUCAUAUAUACUGUUUUUGUUGCAAGGGCUCAAUUAUUUAAAGGCUAAAAUGUUCUGUUAUAACUCACAUUUGUAUGAAAUUGUUUUAGUUCUGUUUUUGUCUUGUUUGCUUUGGGACUACUUAGAAGGACAAUAUAAAGACUGUUAAUCCUAUCCAGGAGGAUUUUACUUGGAAUUCAAACCAUACUGCCUACCAACAGUGAUGUAACGUGUCUAUGACUAGAUAGAUUAUUGCCUAAAGAGUAACUGGCCACCAUGACGUCAUACGAUGGAAAUGAGAAUACUCUUGUUAUAUGAUCAGACACACAUAUUAGCCCAGUCACUGUAUACUGAUGCUGCUUGUUUACCUCUAAUCUUUUAAGAAUGUCUAUAUUCUGGUGCUUUGCAACACAUGACCAGGAGAAACAACCCAAAAUAAAAACACAGGUCCUGCUU